CUCAUCCAUUCAAGGUCGUAACUGACCAAACUGCAGACAAGUAGUCAUCCAUCUUUCUGUGUUUUUACUUUAUAGGUUAUUUGUAAGGUCAAAUUGUUUUUAUAAUAAUAGCAAAUAUAUAGUUACAUUAAAAAUGUCAUUUUCGUACUUCGAGCAUCCAGAUGGAGAAGACACCAUAAGAAAAAUUGCUUUUACAAGUCGCUACGCACUAAUGUUUGGGCUAUUCAAGAGCACCGUCGAUGUCGUUCUUAUUGAUGCACCAAAAGGAUAUCUCCAGACUGCAGCAAAGGUAUUAUCUGUAACUGCCCCUUUUGUAGGAGCCACUGCAAUUGGCACUGGUGUUAUAUCGAUGUCUACAAACAUUAGACAAAAAGAUGACCCACUCAACUACGUUAUCGGAGGAGUUGUCGGCGGUUUAUCAUAUGGUUUGUUUAAGGGAAAACUCAGUACAGCUUUGAAUUACGCUGCCGUUAUGGGCCUUCUUGCUCACGCAUUUAAAUACAAUUAUCAAAGAGGAGUUAAAUUUGAUGAAAGUGAGAAAGUGAUACCAAACGACGUAUCUAUUUGGGGAAAAUAUCAUGACUAUUCAUCUGUUAGACAACCACCAAAGGGUUGGAUAGCAGCUUCUGAUUAGGUUUAUAAUGUGGUUAAUAGCUCAUUGAUAGUUUGAAAUCCAGUUGUUUGUCAGUAAUUGAUCUGUUGUAAUAAAAUUUUACCUUAUUAAAUUUUA